AUAGAAGUGAUUCAGUGAUUCUCCGAUAUUACGAAAAGCAAUAACAUGCAGUCUUUUACAAUUCUAACCCUUUUUGCCAUCGUUCUGGUGGCCCAAAAUGCUAGAGCUGGAACCCUCACCAUUGGGUCCCUGAUGGGAGAUGUGUCCCAAGUGGCCGUUGCUGGGGAGAAGGUCAUCCAUCAACUGGAAAACGCUGUGGCCAGCUCCCAAUCGGAUUUUGUCCAGCCAACCACUUUGAACAUCCUAAGCGACAUGGGAAACGCCUUGGGAGAUCUGGCUAACGCACUUACUAGUCUAAGAGUGGAGAACGAUUACAUGCAACCCGAGGCCACCAAUCUUUUGGGCGAUGUCCUGGGUGGAGUGGGCACUGGUCUCGGAGAUCUGGCUAAUGCCAUUACCAGUCUUAGUGUUCAGAUGACGAACGCACCUCAGGCUCGCAGUCUUUCGUCCAAUGGUGCUUCUAUUAUAGCUGAAGGAGGAGCCGUGAGUGCGAAGACUAUUGCCGCUGCCGCAGAUGCUGCUGCCCCCUAUAUAAAGCAGCUAAAUGCUGGCCUAGGCGAUCUGGCUAAUGCCCUCACCAGCCUCUGAAGAACUUUGAAGCAGUUCAAUUAACAAAUAAAUAUUCAAUCGCGCAAAGA